AUGCCUCUGCGCUGCUGUGCGAUGAUGGGCAGGGGGAGGGGGGAGGAGCAUCAGCAGCAGCAGCAGCAGCAGCGCGCGGCGGUGGUGGCGUCGGCUGCGGCGGUGCCGAGGCGCGGGCGCUGGUUCGACGGGGAGCAGCAGCCGUCCGCGGCGGUGCCGGGGCGGGCGGGGUGGAGGUGCCGGUCGUGCGCGGCGGCGGCGAUCGCGGACUGCGUCGCGCUGGGGUGCUGCCCGUGCGCGGUCGUCUCCCUGCUGGGGCUGGCGCUCGUCAGGGCGCCGCUCGCCGUGGGCCGCCGCCUCCGGAGGCGCAGGCGGUCGCUGCUGCGCAGGAAGCGGGUGCGCGACGUCGCGGCCUCCUCCGCGUCCGCCAAGGGCGCCAAGGCGGCGGGGGCCGUGCCCGGCGCGGGCAGCGGGACGCUGCUGGACGUGGCCGAUGACCACGCCACCGUCGGCGCGGCAGCCGCGCCGGUGCAUCAGCAGCAGCGGCAGCAGAUGCAGCAGGCCGAGGUGGAAGAGCUGGCGUGGCUGGACGAGAUGUACCGGGUCGGCCACUGGGGCUUCGGCCGCGUCUCCUUCUCGGGGUCGGCGGGGAAAACCCCGUGA